AUGGUCCGUGAGCUUAAGUAUACCGAGAAAAAGCUUCUCAAGAAGCACAAUUUUUAUGACUACAAGUCAGAUGGUGGUCACCGAGAGAACAGAGUCAGCCAGCAAUACCAUCUCAACAAGGAGAAGGAGGAAUAUCGGAAAUACAACACCCUUUGCGGGUCGCUACGGAAGCUGGCUAACAGGCUCGCCAAGAUGGACCCAGAAGAUCCCCUGCGAAGGAAGCUCGAGUCUGAUAUGAUGGACAAGCUUUAUCGCAUGGGUAUCUUGAAGAAAUCUCGUGAGCAGGGUGCUGCUCUGUCUGAGGUGGAACAUCUUGGCGUUGCCAAUUUUGCCCGACGACGUUUGCCAAAUGUGAUGGUUGCUAAGAGUUUCAUCGGGACCGUGACGGAUGCCAUCAGAGCUAUUCAAACUGGAGACGUUCGGGUUGGAACCGAAAUCAUCACAGACCCAGCAUUCCUUGUCACUCGGAAUAUGGAGGAUUAUAUUAACUGGGUCGACACCAGCAAGUACAGGCUUGCGAGCAAGCAAUACCGGGGUCAACAGGAUGACUACGACACCCUCCAAGCAUGA